AUGACAGAAGCAGCGUGUGCAAUAAAAGGUUGCAAAACUGAGCAGUUGGUACAUGCAGUUCGACCUGCUGCACUCGGGGCUAUCGGUGGUGCACUGUGGACACGGAUUCUUGUGUUUGCGCCGGUGCAAGUCAGUCUUUCUCCAAUUGAGAGGUAUUUGAUUCACCGCAAUCGCCUGCGAGUUGCACAAGCCGACUUGUUCCGAUUGAAAUUCUUGCUUGAUGCGCACUUCUCCUGCCAGUCAACGCCGCUGAGAGAUUUGGACCUGAACAUUUGGGAGCGCGUGGCCGAUUUCUGCUUCGGGCAAGGCCAAGCCGUGGCCUUUCUAGCUGGUUGGCGCAAGCCAUUGCCAGAGCCCAGCCCGAGCAUGGUGUGUAUUGCUCGGAAGAGACCACUGUUGAAAUUUGAAGUGGCAUCUGGUGAGUGGGAUUGCGUUUCGGUUUCCAGGCGAGAUGCCCGGGUUGUGUGCCAUGAUGGACGACUACACAGAACUGGUCGGCGCUUGGAGAUGACACACAAGAAAUUUACGCUGGAUCGUGCAUACGGGUCCGAUGUCUCGGAUGCAGAGUUUUACCACGAUGCAGUACGGCCUUUGGUGACAUCUCUGAAUGGAAGCGAGGCUACCAUCAUUUUCUACGGUCAGACUGGGACCGGCAAGACCCACACAUUCAAUGCGUGCUGGCAGCGGAUUGGGUGCGAUCUGGACGGUCGCACGAUUUCGGUGACGUUCUUCGAAAUCCUUGGCAAGAAAUGCUUCGAUCUGCUUCAGCAACGAAAAGAAGUUAUUUUGCGAACAGAUGGCGAAGAGCGGGUGCAUGUCAGGGGUGCUGCGAAGCUCACCGCGAUCUCUUCCGAACUUCCUGAACUCUUACAGGAGGCACUACAGCUUCGGCGAUCGGAAGCAACAGAGAGAAAUUCGUUGUCUUCACGCAGCCAUGCCAUAUGCGUCCUUGACAUUGAUGGUCUUGGGACAAUCCGCUUCGUGGAUUUAGCUGGCUCCGAGCGUAAUUAUGAGACACGCUACAUGACCGCCCAGCAGCACCGCGACUUCGCAGAAAUCAACAAAUCCUUGAUGGCAUUGAAGGACUGCUUCCGGGCCCAUGCGCGCAUUGCACGCCAGCGCACUGCUCGAGCACCGUAUCGAGCAAGCCGACUCACCCAGGUGUUGCGUUCGUGCUUCACAGAUCCGGAGCACAGGACCCUCAUUCUUUCGACGGUGUCUCCUACAGCGACUGAUCUGUUGCAUUCUACAAACUCUCUCCUCCAAGUGACACAAAUGCGCGGGACCCAGAUGCACAAUCUAUUUCAGUUCGAGCAGUGGUAG